GUCGUGCAGGCUCGUCGCAUCACUCAGGUAAGUGAGCUGGGACUGGACAAGAUUAAGCGAAUACAAGGCAUCCGUUUAAUUCACCCAAGCCACUAUGGGCGCAUCUGCCCAAUAGAAACAGGUGAAGGCAUGAGCGCAGGAAUUGUUAUGGCAAUGGCUUCAAACACUCGUAUUACAUCUGACGGCGAGUUGGAGGCACCUCACCAGCCAGUUUCACAGGGAGUGCAGCACCUGAGUCAGCCUUGGGAGUAUUUAUUGGCACAGGACCAGUUCGGCCAUCGAGUGGCUCAGUUCGAUGUGGCUCAUGCAGCAGAUGGAACCUUGCUGGCACCGCAGAGACCAGAAAGGGGCGGCCCAAGAGCUUCUGCCACAGCAACACCUGACACGUUGAAAAGACCAGAAAGUGUCACCAUGACGCAUCUUGGUUUGUUCGGGUCCUGUUCACCAGCGCAGGUUGAGUAUGUCGCUUGUGGGGCUCCAAUCUCCGUGGCUGUUGGUUUGAUACCGUUUGUCGAGCACGAUGAUGCUAACCGAGCCCUGAUGGGGGCGAAGCAUCAGCAACAAGCAGUGCCAACACUUUGGCCGGAGCGCCCGGUCGUGGGUAGUGGCAUGGAAGCACAGGUUGCCACGUACAGUGCGCGAACUACAUUUGCAGGCGUUGAUGGGCACGUUCUUUACUGCGAUGCGGCCAAGGUGGUUACCGUUUCCUGUGCUGGUAUUGUUCAGGUUAGUGAGCAGGUGCAGAACAUGCGGCAAAGUCUUCGUGCGCAAUAUUUUGAAAGGGAGCAGCUUAGCCAGUGGAUUCGAUUCGAUGAUUUCUAUGAGCUUUGCGCACGUCUUCCCUAUGCUCAGCUUCAACAGCUUUACAAUGAUGUAAUUGAUUCCGCGACACCCAACGUUCAGAAGAUCAAGCAGAGAUUGCAAGACUGGUCUGUCAGGGCUGGGAUCAAUCCAUCACGCGGCUCCUUCAUGCAUUCAGAGGGUGUUCGGGAGGAAGCGCCUCUUCCAGCUGGCUGGGUUGAAACGGAAUAUUGCAUUCAAACUCAGCUGAUGCAUCACCUAAUGACAGACUGUGCUUCCACAAAAAAGCAUACCUUGGCCCAUGACACCGUUACUGUCCGUGCAAAUGACGCAGUUUGCUCGGGAGAUAUUAUCGCGGAGGGACAAGGGGUUGCUGGUGGAGAGCUAGCCCUUGGAAAGAACCUCGUUGUUGCAUACAUGCCUUAUGAGGGCUACAACUACGAGGAUGCCAUUGUCAUCUCUGAGCGAUGUGUUCGUGAAGACAUCUUGACCUCGGUUCACAUCGAAGAGCUGACACUAGAGCUCGAUGAAGACCUUGUGCUUAGAACUCCGGACUGGUACAGGGAACGGGAGUACAUGUCCAAUGGCAUGGCCCGUGAGGGUGCGUGGCUCGAAGGCGGCGAUGUAGCGAUUUGCGUCGUGAGAGCGAACAGCGUGAACGACGCGAACCCGGACAAACCGCCGAAACCUCGCACGAUCACGGUUCCAGACGGCAUUCAGGGCCGAGUGAUCGACGCCAGCGUCUGGUACACGGAGAGCGUAAAGUUUGGUCGUGUCAAGAAGGUGCAAGUUGCGAAGGUCUUGCUCGCCGUUGUCUGUCGGAUACAGGUCGGGGACAAGCUCUCGGGGCGCCAUGGAAAUAAGGGAAUUGUGUCAAAGAUUGUACCGGUUCAGGAUAUGCCUUACUUGCCAGAUGGCACUCCGGUCGACAUUUGCUUGAACCCCUUGGGCGUGCCAUCGCGAAUGAACGUCGGGCAAAUUUUUGAGAACAUUCUCGGGAGUGCUGGGAGAUGGAACGGCGAGGAGUAUCGAGUUGGAUCUUUCGAUGAGAUGUUUGCAGAGGAGGCUUCACGCGGUUUGGUCUUCGAAGCAAUGCGACGGGCACAAAUCGGCUCGGGCAACAAGUGGUUGUUGGUUUAUGACAGCAUUCAGAAGGCUCCAAUUCGGGGCAUCUCUGACAGGUAUAUGAUGGCAGGUACAUCAUCAAACUUUGCCAUAUGGUGCGGCAGGGCUGAACGGCUGGUCUGGCCCGACUUCGUCGUCAUUACACAGCAGCCAAUAAAGGGACGCAGCAGAGGUGGUGGCCUGCGCCUGGGGGAAAUGGAGGUCUCUGCCCUCAUCGGGCAUGGAGCAGGAGUAACCUUGCAGGAGCUAUUGACGGUAAAGUCAGAUGACUUGCAGGGCAGGCAAGAGAUCUUUCGAAGUUUAUCCCAAGGCCAGGCAUGA